AUGACCGGAGGGUACGGCUCCGCAGGUGGAAUGGGCGGUUGGUCCGGCCCAGGAGCAAAGUCUUCCGUCAGGAAUGCAGCAGAGGAGCAGCAGUACAAGGACCUCAAGCGCCGAUUGGAAGCCGAGGAGCAGGAGAAGAAAGACUUGGAAAAUGCACGUAGGGUUAGCGUGGGACAGAAACCGAUAUCAAAUAAGACGAGUAAAGAAGUCGAUAUGGCCACGCUGAACGUCCCUUCGAGAGCAAAGCCUAAUGGAGUCAAUUCUACUACAGCUUCAACAAAAGCAGUAAUUCUCGUAGGAGGACCAUCGAGAGGAACUCGUUUCAGACCACUAUCCCUCGAUGUUCCAAAGCCUCUGUUCGAUGUCGCUGGUCACCCUAUACUAUGGCACUGCCUUCAAGCCGUCGCCAAAGUUCCAGGCAUUCGUGAUGUUGUUCUAGUCGGCUAUUAUGAAGAGCAGAUUUUCCGUGAUUUUAUCAAAGAGAGUGCCCGAGAACUGCCCAAGAUUCGGCUACAGUACUUAAGAGAAUAUCAAGCGCUUGGCACAGCAGGAGGCCUUUACCAUUUCAGAGACGCUAUUCUUAAAGGCAAUCCAGAUCGGUUCUUCGUUUUGAACGCUGACGUUUGCUGCUCUUUUCCUUUGGAACAGAUGCUGAAGAUUUUCGAUGAUAAGACGGCCGAGGCGGUCAUUCUUGGUACGAGAGUGAGCAACGAGGCAGCUACAAACUUCGGGUGCAUUGUCUCAGACCCGGAGAGCAAGCGUGUGCUUCACUACGUCGAGAAGCCAGAGUCACACAUCUCGAAUCUCAUCAAUUGCGGUGUCUAUCUUUUUGCAACCGAGACAAUUUUCCCUUCUAUCAAAACCGCCAUUCAACGCCGCUCCGAGCGACCUCGUCUUGUCUCUUAUCCUUCAUCGGAGAACAUCGAAGCAUCAUUCUUUUCCGAACGUCUUGAGGAAGGCGAGAAGAACGAGGUUUUGCGUUUGGAACAAGAUAUCUUGUCAGAUCUCGCCGAUAGCAAUCAGUUUUACGUUCUCGAGACGAAAGAUUUCUGGCGCCAGAUCAAAACUGCUGGCUCUGCUGUACCUGCAAACGCCCUGUACCUGCAAAAGGCAUUCCAGUCGCAAUCAAAGGAGCUCGCGGCCCCCUCUGCUACGAUCCUCCCACCGGUAUAUAUCCACCCUUCAGCUGAAGUCGACCCAACGGCCAAGCUUGGUCCUAACGUUUCCAUUGGGCCUCGAGCAGUCGUUGGUCCUGGCGUCCGUAUCAAGGAAUCGAUAGUACUCGAAGACGCUGAGAUCAAGCAUGAUGCGUGUGUACUGUAUUCGAUCAUAGGAUGGAAUAGCCGUGUAGGUGCGUGGGCAAGAGUCGAGGGCACUCCUACCCCAGUGGGAAGCCAUUCGACAACUGUCGUCAAAGGCGGGCUCAAGGUUCAAAGCAUUACCAUUCUCGGAAAGGACUGCGGAGUCGGAGAUGAAGUACGAGUACAGAACUGUGUGUGCUUGCCCAACAAGGAGCUGAAACGGGAUGUUGCGAACGAGGUGAUUAUUGUGCUCGCUGUGAGUCAAAUCUACGGAGUCCUCAGUGACGAUAGCUCAAUUGGGCUCUUCCCAAUCCAUUUUGCGACGAUGGACCCUUUCUCAGUCCUAGUCGCGGUAGGGACUACAUUGAAAGUCGUGAAAGAAGUAUGGCAGUACACACAGUGGAUGCGGCGAGUCUAUGAAACCUACAAGGCAGGUGAUAGGGUUCUGCAGUCUAUCGCGCUCGAAUGUACUAUCUAUGGGGAGUCGAUAAAGACGAUUGGGCUGUGGCUCAAAAAGAAUCAGAACACAAAGGGUCUUAUCAGACAGAUGCGCACAACCCACAACGCGAUCACCCUUGUGCAGGUCUCUAUGGCAAACAUACUUCUAGACCUGAAGAAAUUUCAAGACAGAGGAGAGAAGGCACCUUUCAAGGAGGGCAAGGUUUCAAAGCAAAAUAUCAUAAUGCUUCAGCAAUUCCUGGCUAAAAAGGUGAAGUUGCAAUGGUUUCAGGAGACUAUGAACAUACACUUAGUUGAAUUGAGGGCUCAUGCCGCCACACUUCAUCUUACUUUGGGAGUCAUUGAAUUGACCGGGCGUCAGAAUACUUCAGACCAGGGAAAGCUUCCGACAAGUUUAGAAGACAAGACUGAAAGACUAGAAAAGAGACUCAAGCUACGUCAAUUCAUUACCAAGGCUCUGGAAAUCAGGCGCGCCGAAGUUUCAGAAUUGGCCAAAAGGGAUGAUUGCGAGCAUGCAUCUGUUGAUCCAUCGCAAGACUCCUCAUGGAAACCGCCACAAAAACUUACUUUCUAUGAUAUUGUUCAACUAGCACGCCAACAAGCGUUGGCGGAAAAGACACGAAGGGCUAACGAGGACCUCAUAGAUUUCUCGGACGUGCCUCAGCCGUUGCAGAGUCAAGCGCCUUCGGCCAACAAGGAGUAUGAUCAAGACUUACUCGAGAUUACAGAAUCUAUGACGCCCAAGGAGACCAGUCCAUUGACGAUACCCUUCAGCGAAUUGGAGGCCGUGGAAGUAGGCAGGAUUGCUAAUACUGUAAACGCCCACCCUGCGACUACGGGAUUGGAUACAUAUACGUCUCAAGAGCAACCGCUUGUAGACUUAACAGGGCCUGUUGAGCUUCCAUCUUUUCCACUUGAUAGUCCUUCAAACGAGGCAGCCAGUGAAUAUCCGGCUUCAGCAGCAUACUUGCAGGAUACGCAGCAGCCAAGGGAGACGCUGAACAUGCCAAAAGGUGAUGUCGAGGCAGGAUCAACGGCGCUGGAGCUUAUCCCUUUAGAUACUCUAGCGACUAGCACCACAGGGAUGCGAGAGACCGAAGGUCUUCUGGUUUCCCUACCGCUAGUCGACCUGUUGAAUGCUCCCGAUCAUCAAUUCGACAAAUCGACCAGUGAUCAUGUUGACGACGAGAGCGCAAGCUUGUCUGCCAUUAGCACUGCAGCGCCUAGCAUAUUCAGUCAUUCGUCAUCGUUGACGAGCGCAACUGGCUCAUCUUUGCCAAAAAUUACAGAAGAAGAUGUGCAGGCACGAAACUCCAUAAUACAGAAAGACUCGAAACCCCCCUUUCAAGCGCCGCAUACGGACAAAGUACCAACAUCAGAAGCUCAAAAAGCUCAAUAUGAGGAUAAUCUCUCUCUAUGUCCUCCAUUGCUAGCCCAGGUUCCCGAAUUUGAUGAGCCAGAUGGACAAGGAUGUCCCUGGAUCGUUCAAGCAGCGCGCGACGGAAAUUAUAAGAUGGUUCAUAAAUUGAUCGUCAGCGGUGCAGAUCUCAAAUCAUGCCACAGGUCUACAGGGCGGCACGCUCUCUCAGAAGCGUCCUUAGAGGGUCACGAGGCGGUUGUGGGCUUACUCAUCGAUGAAGGGUGUCCGCUGGAGCAUCUAGAUGCUGAUGGAAAUACCGCAUUGCAUCACGCCUGCCGGAGAGGACGGCUAUCAAUUGCAAAGAGCUUGUUAGGCAAAGGCGCCUUGAUUGAUGCCACAGGCCCACAAGGACAAACGGCUCUACAUCUGGCUAUGCAGGCUCCUCAUCAAAAUGUAGUAAUGCUAUUGACUCAACAGAAGGCAAAUGUGAAUGCUCGUGACGCCUCCUUUCAAACGCCCCUGCACAUUGGCGCUGUUCAGGGUAACACAGCGAUGUGCCAACAUCUAAUGAACGAAGGCGCUCAAAUUGAUAGUCGGGAGGCACAGUCCAAAACCCCAUUGCAGCUUGCUUGUGCAGUUGGUCAUUACGAGACGGUCCAUACGAUGCUCGCUCUGUCAAAGCUCAAUUCAGCUAACAUGACCUUUCUGACUGCUUUCUUCGCAGCCGUUGAAAAUGGGCACGUGAGGAUUGCCGAAUCGUUCUUUUCGUAUGAUCUGAAAUUGCCAGAUUUGCGGAAAGAUCUUCAUAAACCUGCGACCUUAGCUGCGAAGAGCGGUUGUCUUGCCAUGGUUGAGCUCAUGAUUCAGGAGGAUUGCGUCCUUGGUUCUAAGGACGAAAAUGGAUGGAACGCUCUUCAUUUUGCAUCGCACUAUGGGCACUAUCAGGUUAUUGAGCUGCUCAUAGCGAAAAAAGUGUCUGCAAAUGCUGUGACAUCGAGAAAGGAGACUCCCUUACUGUUUGCAGUCAAAGGCGGCCACUUCGCUGUCGCCGAGAGGCUUCUCCGAAGCGCCGAAGAUAGCCUUCAAGUGAGUGUGGAGGAUGAACGAGGCCAAUCUCCUGUCCAUCAUGCAGCCCGCACUGGCUCGGUUCAGAUCCUCAAUCUACUGAUCUCGAAUGGCGCCAAGCUUAGCUCGGAAAAUUCAUUUGGCUGGCAGCCGUUACAUAUUGCAGCUGCAUAUGGCCAUCUGACGAUAGUGGAAAGGCUCUUACAGCAAGGUGCUAAAGUUGAAGAGAAGUUAGGAUCGACUUCAUUCAAGAAGGAUCAGACACACAAGAUUGUCGAAGAAGGAUACUGGGCAGAGGCAAGAUGGCCGUACACAGGCAGCCGUCCAUUGCAUCUAGCAUGUGAGUUCGGGCACGCUGAAGUUGCCACGCAUAUUAUCAGCAAGGGCGCGAAGAUGGAGGCGACAUGUAGUGAAGGUUGGCAGCCUCUUCAUCAUGCGGCUUACUUUGGCUCGUCUACUUUGGUAGAACUGCUUCUGGGAGGCGGAGCCAAUCCGCACGCAUUAACUGAUGAGGGCAAGACACCGGAGGGGCUCCAAUUUUGUACCACUGGUGUAUCAAUACCUAAUAAGGAGAAAGACCGCAUAAGAACUCUGUUGAGGGAGGCCAUGGACAGGGUCCGAAAGCAGAAGAAUUUCAAAGUACCUUUGAAGAGAGGCAGCACUGUCGAGGACAAGAGCAACCUGAUCAGAGCAGCUAUGUUUUCUAUGAACGUUGUAUUGAGGCCACAAUCGAAUCGAUCCAUGAGCGCUACUCAGGUUGCAGAUCCACCUAAAGUACGUUCAGAAUUUGCGGAGAGCUUACACCGGCCCGAACUUCGACAUCUUCCGCAGACUUCGCCGCUGCCUUUAGCGGGCUCAAAAUUGGCAAAAACCUCGUCUGAGACGCCCCGGACUACUGAUACCUUUGUGGCUCAAGAUCAGAAUACAGCUCUGGUGCUUCACAGCACCGAUGACCUAAUGUCGCCAUCAAAUAUCAAAUAUGCAACAAGUUCCAUGCCAUCACCAGAGAAUGAGUUUCAAGAGUCCACAAAAGUAGCACCCAAGCUAAAGCGUAGGACGACUUUCGGUCUAGCCAAGGUGAGGCCUGGCAUGGAUAUUGGGAAGCUCGGACUAGGUAGCAUGAAACCAGCGUUCGAAAUUGGAAAGCAGACACUAGACUUUGGGAAACAGACUCGAGAGAUUGGAAACAAGACAAUCGAGAUCAGCAAACAAGGGCUAGAGAAGAGUAAGCAGGGGUUAGAGGCUAUUCCAGCACGCGAGAUGGGAAAGCAAGGACUCGAAAUGAGCAAGCUAGGUUAUCAAAAAGCGAAGAAGUUUGCCCGGAAAGGGAGGAUGGGGACAGGCAAGAUGGGUUUGGGUAAGAAUAAGGCUGUUGAUGGUCAGGACUCCAGCGAGACCGUGGUAGAGGGCAAUAGUAGUAACAACAAGGGUGCUGAGGAGAUUGACGAGAAGAAGCUGGACAGUGAUGAUGAUGACGAAGCUGACGGCCGUAGUGUAUUCUCCCUAGGAGAGUUCGGCGAGUAUGGCAACAAAGACUUUUGA